AUGGAACUUGUGCAAAAAGAGCAUGACAGACUCCUGAAGAGGCUGAAAGCUUCUCACGGUAUUAAAAAUGUGGAUGCCACUAUCGAUUUACUACAGUCAGCCCGGGACACUAUAGCUUCUGAUCCAAACCAGGCUGCUAUCACCCUGACUAAACUCCAGAACCCUGUGAAGUCGUCAUUCGACUCCAUCAAUGACAAUCUGAAGGAAACCCACAGCGGCUUAAACAAGUACACCAAGUCCCUCGAUAAGCUAUUCAAAGAUCGACCUCUCCCCACCACAGAACAUGACGCCCUCUCGCAACAAGAGAAUCUAAUCAACCGAGCGAUUGCGAUGCACCUGCUCCGUGAAGGACAAUUUUCAGUUGCUGCAACCUUCCUGGCUGAAAUCGCAGACCAGAAAGCGAUGGAUAAUCCCGACUCAACCCCUCUCUCCCCCAAGCCUGCUACUAGUCUACUUGACAUCGAUGAGGUCCCCUCCAGCGAAAUUCGGAAGCAGUUCGCUUCCAUGUACUACAUUCUCCACGAAAUGAAGGAGAAGAAGAACCUUCUCCCCGCCAUCGAAUGGUCUCGAGAGAAUCGCGAAGCUCUCGAGGCCCGCGGCAGCAAUCUAGAGUUUGAAUUGUCUCGCUUACAGUUUGUAUGGCUCUUCCACGGCGAGUCUCAUGCGCAAGACGUUCGCAACUGGCAAGCGGCCGUCAGCUAUGCCCAACGGGAAUUCCAAGCAUUCAUGCCCCGCUACCUGCCGGAGGUUCAGCAACUGAUGGGUGCCAUGGCCUUUUGCCCAAACCUGGGGGGGUCACCGUACUCGACCAUCUUCAAUAAUCCCUCUGCCUGGGAUGAUGUGGCCCAGUUCUUCACCCGCGAAUUCUGCUCUCUGCUGGGUUUGUCCGCUGACUCCCCGCUCUAUGUGGCCGCUACCGCUGGUGCCAUUGCGCUCCCCACUCUUCUGAAGCUACGGACUAUCAUGAAAGCCAAGCGCACUGAGUGGACCAGUGAGAAUGAGCUCCCAGUCGAAAUCCCAUUGCCACCCUCGUACCUCUUCCAUUCGAUCUUCGUCUGCCCAGUCUCAAAGGAGCAAGCCACCGACGAGAACCCACCCAUGAUGAUGCCAUGCGGGCAUGUCAUCGCCGAGGAGUCGCUGCACAGACUCAGUAAGAGCAAUCGUUUCAAGUGUCCCUAUUGCCCCAAUGAGAGUCACCCCAAGGAUGCCCGGAAGAUAUUCUUGUAG